AUGACAAGUCUUUCUGUGUUUAUUGAUGUUCCCAAAGCAUCCAAGCUAAAAGAUGAACAACAAGAAGAGGCUUUCCUGCAGGACGGAGACGAGAGGAAGAUAUUUUUGGGGGAAAAAGUGUUUGUGUCUGAUGAUGGCCUGCCAUGGGUUCCUCUGGCAGUGAGGAGGGUGUACUUGCAGCAAUGCAAUGAUCCAACACGAAAUUACGAAUAUCUGCCAGUAGGUGGAAGUCCAGAGUUCCUCCGAGGAGUGACCGAACUGGCUUUGGGAAAGAACAGCAAGGCUAUCGUUGAAAAUAGGGCUGGUGGGAUACAAACACCGGGGAGCAGAGCAGCUUUUAGAGUUGGCGUUGAAUUCCUCCAUCAUUGGUACAGCAUGAACCACAAGAUAUCAGUCUGUAUCCCUCACCCCGACUGUGAUCAUUACAGUGAAACAUUGGAAGUUGCAGGUUCAACAAACAUAUAUCCUUAUCGGGUAUGGGACCGCAAUAAAGAAAUCCCGGCAUUAUGUGAGAUACUGGAAGAUCUGGAGACCUCUCCUGAUCAUUCCAUUGUUGUACUUCCAAUAUCCUGUACUCCGACUGGGAUACAACUUAACAAGAGAGAAUGGAAACAAAUAGCAGCUUUACUGAAGACAAAGAACAUGUUCCCAUUUUUCCACCUGAAAGAUCAAGGCCUCUCCUCCGGAGAUGUAGACGCCGAUGCGUGGCCUCUGCGGCACUUUGUUUCAGAAGACUUUGAGCUGUUCUGCGCUCAGUCCUUUUCUGCUAGUUUUGGACUAUAUGGUGAAAGCGUUGGAAGCUUGCUCAUAGUCAUGAGAAGUAAUGGAGUUUUGAUUGGUGUUCGCUCCCAGAUGGUACGUCUUGUGCUUGGGAAAUGGUCAACGCCGGCAGCUACUGGAGCACGGGUGGUAGCCACAGUCCUUAAUAACCCAACCCUGCACCUUGAAUGGAAGGAGAGCCUUAAAAUGGCAGUGAAAUAUCUGAUGGUCAUCAGAGAGAAAAUGAGGGAGACGCUCAGACUCCUGGAGACUUUGAGAUCUUGGAACCAUAUCACCCAACAAUCUGGCCUGUUUGCCUACAUUGGAUUAACCCAGGACCAAGUGGAUUUUCUGGCUAAGAGAAAUCAUAUUUAUUUACCCGAAACUGGACAAAUAAACAUCUCGGACCUUAAUGCGGAUAACCUAAAUUAUGUCAUGCAGUGUAUAAGUGAUGUGACUCUGAAUGAUGUAAGGUAUGUAGUAGAUAAUAUACACUGCCUGGCCAAAAAAGUCACAGACUCUAAAAUGUCAUUGGACCAGCUUUAG